GUUGCUAAUCUUGCUUGCUCAUUGUCAACAAAUGAAGAUGGAACGAAAAUUGUCCAAACAGCAGCUAAUCACAUAGAGACCUUGUGCCCACAGGUUAUUAAUGCUGCUUUAGCUCUUGCUGCCAGACCAAAAAGUCAAGUUGUGAAAAACAACAUGGAGAUGUAUAGGAGUACAUGGGAGAAUCACAUCCAUGUUCUUACUGAAGCUGUGGAUGAUAUAACAAGUAUCGAUGAUUUUCUUGCUGUAUCAGAAAGCCAUAUUCUUGAGGAUGUAAACAAGUGUAUCAUUGCACUCCGAGAGCAAAAUGCAGAUGAUUUGGAUCGUGCAGCAGGUGCAAUCCGAGGGCGUGCUUCAAGAGUAGCUCACAUUGUUUCGGGUGAGAUGGACAAUUACGAACCAGGGGCUUACAGUGAAGGAGUGAUGACUCAUGUUCAGUAUUUGACCAAGACUGUGAUUCCAGAGUUCAUUAGUCAAGUACACAUUGCAUUGGAAAGCUUAAGCAAGAACACAGUGCAUCUAUUUGAUGAUAACCAGUUUGUGGACAUUUCUAAGAAGGUGUAUGAUACAAUUCAUAACAUCAGAUGCUCAGUCAUGAUGAUUCGGCUCUGUCAGCUUCGCACCAGAAGACUUAUGAUGUCUGUCGGGCAUCUGAUUUCUUUCUUGGACAUCGGCUCUUACUAUGGCAGCCAAGGCUACAUCUUGGGUACGGGUCUGAUGGUGAAGAUUUGCCCCCCUCCCCGACUUCCAAAGCAGCAGCAGCUCACAUGGACCAGUCAGGCGACUGGAUAUGACUCUCUGGAAGUUAAGUACAUAAAAGCAGUGCCAGGAACUCCCAGCUUGGAUAGUAACCACAUUCACGCCUGUCGUUACU